UCGCAAUCCGCUAGAAAAAUCCGACCCGCCCUCCUUCCAAUUCUUCGCCUCACUCCGAUGGAAGAUUUCAAAGCGCUCUUCCUGGAGGAGACGUUGUUCUACAAUCGGGUCGUCCUCGGUUCUCUGGUGCCGCGCGGGUGGUGGGAACCGCUCCCCCACUUCCUCCAAACCUGGCUCCGGAACUACAUUGGAGGCAACAUCCUCUACUUCGUCUCCGGAUUUCUGUGGAGCUUGUACGUUUAUCACUUGAAGCGCGACGUUUAUCUCCCCAAAGCGACGGUGGAGUUGCAAUAA